UUUUAUAUUGACAGCUGUUUGGAGGAUUAUUUUAGUGGCACCAAAAUCUCUUUAACUUUACUGUACUGAAUGGCUUAAUAGGUAGCCUAUGUCUACUUCCAAUUUAUUACUUUAACAGUUAAACUAAUCAAGAGCAAAAUAAAAUAUGAAUUCACAUAAAAUAUGAAUGUGAUCUGGGAUCAGGAUAAUCCUUUUUUGUUUUGGAUCAAAGAUAUCCCAAAAGUUUUGGACAACACAAACUGAUGAUUUGAUCCAGAUUAAAACCAAGAACACAAGAUUUUGUGAUCUAAUCUGAUUUCAGGAGCUUUUUUUUUUUGUGACAACCCAUUUCCAAGAUUUGAUCCAAUCUGAAAUCUGAUCAGAUUACUUUUAAACAACAGCUGGGCCCAGGGUGCUACUACACUGGUGGCCUCUUAUACACAGUGCCCUCUAGUGGUGGUUAGGCAAAACAAAUAUAACAAUGAAUGCUGUUAUUCAUUAAAAAAAUUUCUCUACAUUUCUGAGAUCAAGCAAACAUUUAAGUUUUUUAAAUGUUUAUUUUAGUUUAUAACGUUUUAAAUAUGGAUAUUUUUCUUACGCAAACACAUCGCUUCACUUCAGAAGGCCUUUAAGGUUUGGCUGAAAGACGAAAGUCAUAUACACUUACAAAUUUUGCUCAUUUGUAAGUAGCUUUUUUUUUUAAAUGGUUAUGUCGGUAGAUUGUAUUUUUGAGUAAUUUAUAAAUAGUAGAGUUUAUACAUUUUGUGAUUUUCCCUUUUCAUGUAUAUCCUUGUAUUGUAAAGCAGAAUCAAAUGUUCAACUUGUUCUUUGUCAUAUAAUCCGAGGCAAGAUUGCUACACCUUUAUAGAUUAUAAAUAAUUAUCAGAGAUCAUUUAAGGAGUUAAUCUUAAAUCUUUUUAUAAGUGCGAGCUGGCACGCCCCCUUUUUUCCGUGGAGAGAUCUGCUCACUGCGCAUUUUCACUUUCACUUAAGAACGAGGACGGCUGAGUCUUUCUUUGCUACCUCACCCUGGCGAACGUAUUUAGCUAAAUAAUCAGCCACAGUUUUAAGAUGGCCAUGAAGGAAAUGGUUAUUGAAGUAAAUGGGCUCCCUGACCACUACUCCAAAAAUAUGAUGAUUGACAAAUUAACCAUGCACUUUCUGAGGCGCAGUAACAAAGGAGGAGAUGUUUUAACAGUGAUUUAUCCCACCUCCAACAAAGGCCAGGCUUAUGUUGUCUUUGAAUCAGCCGAAGUACCUGGGGUCUUGCAACACACACAUGUUUUGAUAGUGGAGAGUCAGUUUUACCCACUGGACAUUAAAAAGGUGCAUCAACCUCAGCUGGACAUGCCAGCCGAAGCACUCCUCGAAAUGAACACGUUCUCCAAUCACAGAAAAAUCCAAGAACUUCUUCAUAGCCAUGGCUUUCAGGUGUCAGAGACCAGCCCAGGACAGCUGCAUUUGCAGGGUUCCUUUCUCAAGCUAAAACUCAUCUAUCCCAAACUUGUGCAGUUUCUGGCUCAAGAAACUCACCAUCAAAGAGGAACACCUUCGCAUUACACUAAUGGCUACUCCUCUGUCUCCAGAGGUGAAAAAAGUGACUCCAGUGACUAUGAAUCCAGAUCUAAUUUCACAUCGAUGCGCACUCACAACAAUGGCAACUCCGUAUAUGCUGAGGGCAGCAGCACAUCUUCAGGAAUAACCUCAAGAUCCACAGAGUCCCAAUACCGACAGGCAUUCUUGCAGAAUGCAUCUCUACUGGAUAGAAGCUCUAGCACAGAAAGUCCCUUUAGCAGUCCCUCCAGGAUGUAUGAGGAUUCCCGCACAAGCGUUCAGCAGCGGAAUCCCUCGUCUCCCAGGCAAAAUGAGGUGUCCAUCCCUGUGGAUACAGAUGUGUGGAAAUACAUAAUGCACUUUAAGGAAGAUUUUAUAAAUAAAAUAAAAUCAGAUCACCACACUCAUAUUAAUCAUAAAUUUGAAUCAGGGGUUGUUAUGGUUAAAAUCUCAGGAGGAAACUUUGGGGAAGCAGCCAAAGAAUUGUCUGAACUGAUGCAGGAAAUCAGUGAUUCUGUGCGCACACAAGAAAUAGACAUGAACGCAUGUGACGAAAGUCAGAAGAAAUACAUUAUCCAGAAAGCGUACUCAUUCCAAAAGAUCUACAAUGUUUUAAUUAGAAAGGAAGGUAACAUUAUUAAAGUGGUGGGGUCAUCAAAAGACAGUUAUGAAGCAAAGCAAAAGCUUCUUGGCCGGGAUGUUGACAUUGCACUGCCUAAACGCAUGGAGAGGAACAUUUUGCGCCGCAGCAGCUCUUUGCCAAGACAAAAAACAAGGGCCAGAAUGGAGAACCUAGACAUAGAUCAAAUUCCAGCUACUGUUAGUAGCUUCUCUGCCUCACAUUCCCAAACAGACUCUCAGCAAGCAAGCAAGCAAGAAGUUCAACAGGAAAGAGGUCGCCAGCCUUCUAAAUCCACUGCACAUAGCAGAUCACAGAGCGGCUCUCGAUUACAACACAGAAAUCAAAAGAGUGUAAAGCAAGAACCACCAACCUCUGUUCAGCAGGAUUUGACACCCUCUAGUGGAGUUCAGAAAUCUAAACAAGGGCCACUACCUAAAUUAAAAGCUGCUCUUUUUCCUGAUAAAAGUAAAGUAUUUUCUAAACGACUUUAAAUCUAUAAUUUUACAUAUGAAGCCGUCGUUGAAAAAUACACUUUAAGACUUUUUAGAAUGAAAUUGGCCAGACACUUUGACACUGUUUCGAGAGCGAUAUGACUGCUCUGUACUGAUUGUUCUAUUUCUAAUCACAUGUACAUUCACAUGAAUGUUCUGGGUUCAGUACCAAAUUUGACAGCACUUAUGUCAUAAUGUUGUUUACUGUAAAAAUGAAUUUCCACUUCUUUUCUUUAAAAAAAAAAAAAAAAAAAGCUUACUAUGAAGCAACAUUUCGCUUACUGAAAACAUUGCUUACUAAUUUUUUAUGUGAUGAUGAGAACAACUCAAAUAAUACAUAAGUUUUAAAGGAAUAAUUAAUUUCAGCAUUAAAAGCAAUUAUUAGUUUUACAUUUUUGCUUUUAAACCCUCCAAAAAAUGGGGCCCAUCCACCUUCAUUGUAAGUGCCUCACAAUAUCCUUUUUUUUUUUUUUUUUUAAGAAAACAUGGGAUGAAUCUAUUUUUUGUUGUUGUUGUUGUAAUCAACAUUAUGCCACAAAUGUUGAUUGAGCUUAACUUGUAUUGAACCCUUGAAAUAUUGCUCUAACUUGUCAAAUCUCAAAAUUGCACGGGUUUCUUUGUAAUUAUUAUCCUUACAUGUGAUAAGGAAAAUGGGCAUAUACAUAUAACUUCCCAUAUUACCUGUCUUACAUAUGUAUAUAUUUAUACAUGUCUAAAAUAUUUGCAGUAUUGGCGUUAUACAUUCAAUUAUUUAGUUGUCAAGUUGUCAAUGAGGAAGUGUCUUUUUCAGCAUUCUACAGGAAGUGAGGCAGGCCCUGUGGUUGACUUAGGGGCUAAGCACCUCCCUGUCAGGGAAAAAAGAAAAAAGAAACGAAAAAGAAAAAAAAGUUAGAAUGUAAGAAAUACACUAAUGUGCAGAGUUCCUUUGUUUUUCCUUAUGAUUUAUAAAGGACUGAUUUUAUAUCGUAUUAAUUGAGAAUGUGUAUUCAAGUAUUUCUAUCAGAUGUAGUUUUCUGUCAUACAAAAAUCCCCUUUAUGUUUUUUUCUUUACCUGUGGUCUGCUAUUUAAGAAAUUCAUUAGUCAUUAUGAGUCAUUGGUUGUCAAUAUUCUUUUUAGGCAUUUAAAUGAUUAUUUUAAGGCAUUACUGUAUAAGGACAAAUAGGGAUCUGUAUUAAAUUAUCUGUAAAGUUUUAAUAGUUAUACAGUUCUAUAUAUAUACUGUGACUACUGACUCAUCUCAGCUCAUUCUCUGAUUUGCACUGUUCUCAAACAAUUUUAAUUUAAUUAAAAUUCCUUACAAUAAAUGUAAUUACUCAACAUCAUUUUUUUAUUGUCUAUAAUUGUAUAAAAGUGGAAUAAAUAGACAUAAUGACAUAACA